CACACAACAGAAACUUUCAGUGACACAGGCUCAUUAAAUCAAUAUUUCCAGCUCAGUAGCAACAUGUUUCAGGUGAAUAUCUGGAUCUGUGCUGGCCUCCUGCUGUCCCUCCCUCACUGCACGUAUCAGUCGUGCACAGAAGGGACACCAAAACAAUGCAUAGAUGCAGAAUUUGCUCCGGGAGCCAAUUUGGCCGGGGAGGGCUUUGAUAUCACCAAAAUGGAACGUAAAGGAGCCUUUGUGCUCGACAUGAAUCAGUGGAAACGUAAAGAUAAAACAUGCAUGCUGUGUACCAACCCUUUCCUGGAGAACAUAAAGCAAAAGCUACCCCUGACAGUGGUGGACUGGAGGGCAAAGCAGUCCUGCAGUGCCAAAGUUUCCACCAAACUUCACAAAUCCAGCGAGUCGCUUCUCGAUUCUAGCUUCUCUUCUGUUGAAAACAACUGGAAGGUGAAUCUAGAUCUUCAAGCGGGGAGUAAAAGUGCGUCACUGAUGCUGGCUGGUACCAAUUCUCAUCUCUCGAGUUACUCCAUGGAAAAAACCAAGAAUGACAAGUACAGCUUCGCAAGCCACAGCAUGUCCUGCGAGUACUACAGCUACAGAGUGUCCAGUGCUCCAAAGCUGCACAGAGAAUUUCGCAAAGCUUUGAAAAAACUUCCCAAAACCUACAGCGCAGAAACCAAACAACGGUUUUACAAACUCAUUGAUGACUUUGGGACCCACUACAUCACCAAGGUGAAACUGGGGGGAAGUAUCGAGUCUGUCACCAGCAUCAGACAGUGCCAGGCCAGCCUUAAAGGGCUCAGUGCCGAGGAGGUGCAGAUGUGCCUCGAAGUUGAGGCGUCUGCAAGUAUUAAAGCUAAAAAAAUAAGUACUGAAACAAAACACUGCAAAAAGGAUAUACAGCAGACAGACAGUAAGUCUGCCUUCUCCAGCCUCUUCAAUGACAGGUUCACUGAAAUAAAAGGUGGUCAUACCACAGAGCCAGACCUUCUCUUCUCUGCUGACAAAAAUCCAGAAGCCUACAAGGGAUGGCUGAGCACAUUACCACAAAACCCAGACAUCGUGUCAUAUUCCCUGGACUCUCUGCAUGAGUUACUACCUACCACAACCAAAGUCAGAAAAAACCUGCGCUCUGCCAUUAGCCAUUACAUCCUGGAGAAAGGCCUGUGGAGAAACUGUACUGAUCGCUGUAAGGCUGGAAUUAGGACCGACUCGAGGGAUCCCUGCGUCUGCCAGUGCCACAAUGACCCUGCCGUGAACCAAGAUUGCUGCCCUGUUCGUAAGGGAAUGGCACGGGUCACCAUAACAAUACAGCGGGCCUCUGGUCUGUGGGGGGACCACACCACCGGUACAGAUGGAUACGUGAAGGUGUUUUUUAACAAAUUAGAAGUCCGACGUUCUCCUGUCAUUUAUAACAACAACAACCCACACUGGGGCAUGGUCGUCGACCUGGGCUCAGAGGAUAUUUCAUCAGCUAAACUGAGAUUUGAAGUUUGGGAUGAGGACAACAAGUGGGAUGAUGACCUAUUAGGAGCAUGCGAGCCACUUCUGACUGCUGGAGUUAAAGUGGAUCUCUGUAAUAUGAACCACGGCCAACUGUUCUACAAAGUGGAUGUGCAGUGCGCUCCAAGUCUGAGCGGAAAGUCGUGCACGGACUAUAAACCUUCACCUAUGAAUUCAAGUCUGAAGAAGUUCUAUGUGUCCCGUCAUGCCCGUCCUAUUCCAGAGGCCAUCCUGUCAGAGAUGGGUGUGUUUGUGGACAAAUCAAGUUCAUGGAAAAAUCAGAGUGUUGCUGCCGAGAGUCCCAAGUAUGAUGUAAUAUUAGUGUGAUGCAGUGAAAAAAAUUGGCUUCGCUAAAACAAUAAGGUAUCAACAGUUUUAUUUUAGUCUUGAUGUUAGUUGAAAUCUCUUGUAAUGACUCUGAAAGGUUGCAGCUGAAAGUAGAAGAAGUUAAAUUUACAUGUCAAAAAAGCCCAUUGGCAUAAUGCAGAAAUGUAGGCACUCUGCACAAGGUCCUACUACCUCUUGAGCUUUAUGACGAGGUGCUUCCUUCUUAAAGAUUUGCGCAUCAGUGUGGCAUACAGCAGUUUAUUCAGUGAAGUGUGAACAAACAUAACUCCCGCACUAUGAGCCACAUGCAUUUCUGAUGGCUCAGAAUGAUGUCAUUACUUCACUCUAGGUGGCUUUUAACCCACUUACAUCUGGCUUUAACGCCUGGCUAGGGAGGCUAAGUCUGGGUAGCAUCUUGCACCAAGGCUAAGGGUGUGUACAUAUUCAUAUAUAGUUGUUGUGGUAAGCACAAUGACUCAGAGUGGUUCCACCUCAUUCAAAAUGAA